CUACGUGCACGAAAUUAAUGACAUAAUAGAGAUCAACGCAAAAUUGUAGAGGAUUGAAACUGUGAUGAAAGUGUAUGGUUAUGGUGUAUGUUUUUAAAAAGUUUGAUUAAUAAUUGAAAGAGAUAUGGCUACUGUAAAAUUCGGAAAACAUUUGAAAGAGUUGAGAAUCCUCCUCUGCCAAACGUCAAAAUCUAGUCAAGGUGUUAGAGACUUCAUUGAGCAACAAUAUGUGCCGUUGAAGAAAAAUAAUCCAAGAUUUCCUGUUUUGAUUAGGGAAUGCUCGUCGAUCGAACCAAAAUUGUAUGCGCGUUAUGAAUAUGGUGUAGAACGUUGUGUGCCACUGUCAAAUUUGAAAUCUGAAGAAGUACUCGGGAGGGUUCAAGAAUUAGCAUCUCAAAAAUAAAUAUUUUAUAAAUAUCUAUCUUAAUAUGUGUAGAGUGUGUUGUAAAAUAAAAUAGUUAUAUCAGUUUCAAA